AUGAUUUAUUAUCAUGUGAAGAACAUGAAGAAGCAGAUUCUAGGAUUAUAUAUCACAUUUGCCAAAUUUAUUUUGAGGCUGACGUUGUUAAAAGGUGUUCGGACUGAUAUUUUACUCAUACUUUUUGGUAAUAUGGACCAUUUAAGUGCUUUCCUAAAACUUUGGAUUAACAUGGGCGUUGGAAAUCAUCAACAAUAUGUAAAAAUCAAUAAUAUGUAUAAUAUUCUGGGUACUACUAUAUCUAAAGCUCUACCGGGUUUCCACGCAAUGACUGGAUGUGAUUACACACCUGCAUUUUUCCGUAAAGGCAAACUCAAGCCUUUCAAACUAUUGAAAGAAUCGGUAGAUUAUCAAUUAGCAUUCCAAAAUCUUGCUACCGUUGACGAAGAAAUACUGAAGGAUGCAUUUGUCACCUUAGAGAAAUUUGUUUGUCAUAUGUAUGGAAUUCGUAAUAGUAGCAAUAUAAAUGAUGUUAGAUUUCACUUAUUUUCUACUACUUAUCAAUCCAAAAAUUUUAACGACAACUUCGAAAAGAAAUUUAAGAAUUUCGAUCCAUCAAGCCUACCUCCUUGUAAAGUUGAAUUACAACAUUUAUUACGAGUUCGCUAUGUGACAAAGUUUUGGAGAAAUGCUCACUUAAAAUACCCCCACGUCGUUAUCACCACUAGCUUGCGGUUGGACAAUGAACGACAACAAAUAUGACUUUCUUUGGUUCCUUGGAGACCAAUUACCAUCAUUGGUUACUAAUAUUAUAGUUCAAGGUAAAUAUUAAUAAAAAAAAUUCACCAAACACGUAACCACUUACUUAUAUUCCUUAAUUUAAUUAAUAUUUUUCUUUACAGAUAGUAAAGUUUUAUAAAACCACAAAAUACCUGAAGAAAACUCUGACAAUGAUGAAAGCAAUGAUCACAAUGAAAGUAGUGACGAUGAUGAUGACCUUGAAGAAGCUUUAUUUUAAUAUGACACCAUAAUAGAAUAAAUAUAAUUAAUUAUAAUUUGUAUGUGAUUGAGAAAAUAUUUAUAAUAAAAAGU